AUGGAUUAUACUCGCCUGAUUCAGUGUCAGGGCAAUGAUCCCACUUAUAUCAAGCACUUAGAGUUACGCAUUAUCGAGCUUGAGAGUACCUGCUCAUCCCGUUAUCCCGAGACCUCAGGAGUUCAGCAGCAGAUAAGUGGACAGCACAGGCCUUGUGAGAUCUGUCGAGACCCCAAUCUUUCCACACAAGAUAUAGAUGCUUCCCAAGAAAUAUCUGCCGAUAGUAUACGACUAGCCUCUGAAAGUUGUCACGACAAUCAAUCAAUUCAACACAGCAACAGACCUCCAGGGAGUACGUUCGCCUUCAUCCCAUACGAGCCACCAGUGACAACGGAACCCCUGGUCACAACAGACUCCUCCGCGCUCACGGAUUCUGCAAGGCAGCAAUGGAAUCAUUUGGACUCGCUCGCAUCCUCACUUAGUGAUAUACCCAAAACUUCUCGUUGGAAAGUGUGGACCUCUACCAAUGAUGAUCGACGAAAGAAUAUAGUUCUUAGCUUGGUAUCUGGAUUAGUCUUCCCGAAUGAUGAUAACCCGAUAGCACAUGAGCUGUCUGCACCUAUAUCCAUCCUGCUGGAAUACAGCAAAUCUAUGGAGCCGGCAGAACCGAGGUGCGCAUCAGCGAAUUCAGAGGAGAAACGUCAAUUUAUAUACUUCCAAGAACUUAUCUUCUGUUCAAUGUGUGCGGUCGCCUUGGAGUUCACUCCAACGGAAGUUGUCUUUGCAGUCAUGCGGUCUGUUUUCCAGUCUGACGCCAAAUCUAAGACUCUCAGGGCACGGAUCUAUGGUGCGAAAUGGGCAAACCGAGCCAUUUACCUUUUAUCACGCACCCGAUUGGGUUCUUGUAGCUGGGACCUCAUCUAUAUAGUCUCGGCAGCUAAUAAUCACGUCAACUUUUAUAGAAAGUUUAACGACUACUCUAUUAAACCCGAUGACCUGAUACCAAAGCUGAAGAUUCCAGAGGAUACUCAAACGAUAUCAGUCCCGCUCGCAAUCCCUUCCAUCAUACGAACAAUUUUCAGAGAUCUAGUACCGCUCGAAAAGAUUUGCGAAUGCCUAGGAUAUGAGCUUGGUGAUUAUAAUAGACUAGACCUUUCUAGUCUUGAAAAACGUCUCGUCAUGCCAGCCAACACUAAUGCAAACGACACCGAGCCAAACCACGCCGAGCCAAUCCACACCACGCCAAUCCACACCACGCCAAUCCACACCACGCCAAUCCACACCACGCCAAUCCACACCACGCCAAUCCACACCACGCCAAUCCACACCACGCCAAUCCACACCACGCCAAUCCACACCACGCCAAUCCACACCACGCCAAACAAGAAACGGAAAAACGGGUCACCCGAAACUUCGUCGAAAAGGCAGUGUUGGGCUGUAUCAUCUGACUCACCAGAAGGUAGGAUACCAUAG